AUCUUAUCAAUCAUCACGAAGGAAGCACCCACUUUUAUAUGUCUAAAAACGUUAGUACUUCAUUUAUUCAAGGUAUUCGAAAAUUCAGUCCAUUUGUAUUACCAAAGUUUUCCUGUAGAAUGAACCAUUUCAAUGCUUCUCUUGUUCCAAAGGACUUUCGUCCUUUUCGGAUUGGACUCGUUCAGCUUGCGUCAACUGCCAACAAAAACGAGAACUUGAAGAAUGCGUGUGCUCAAAUUUCAGAGGCUGUGAACAACGGCUCACAAAUGGUUGUCUUGCCUGAAUGCUUCAAUUCUCCUUAUGGUAAUCAGUAUUUCAAUGACUAUGCUGAGACGAUUGAGGAGACUUCUCCUACAUACCAAGCAUUGCAUUGCAUUGCUAAAGAUUUGAAAAUUUAUCUUUUUGGAGGCUCGAUUCCUGAAAGAAAAGAUGAUAAACUUUACAACACUUCCAUGAUCUUUAAUCCAUCUGGCAACUUGAUUGGCAUUCAUCGUAAGAUUCAUUUAUUUGAUGUGGAUUUCCCUGGCAAAAUUACGUUCCGUGAGUCUGAUUCACUGAGCCCUGGUAAUUCUAUGACCAUUAUUUCAACUGAAUAUGGCAAAAUCGGUUUGGGAAUUUGCUAUGAUAUUCGUUUCCCUGAAUUGGCCACGAUUGGUGCUAGAAAUGGUUGCUGUAUGAUGAUUUACCCUGGUGCUUUUAAUCUUACUACAGGCCCUUUACACUGGGAGCUUCUUGCGAGAGCUCGUGCUAUUGACAAUCAAAUUUAUGUCGCUUCUUGCGCUCCAGCUCGUGACAUGUCUGCUAGUUAUCAUGCCUGGGGACACUCUACGGUUGUUGGACCAGACGGCAUGGUAUCGGCUACCAUGGAUGAAAAGCCUGGUAUUGUAUAUGCCGAUAUUGACCCGGAGCAUAUGGCAUCAACCCGUAAAAGUAUUUCCUUGUACACCCAACGUCGUUUUGAUGUCUACUCUGAGACAAAGCCUCUCAAACUUAAUGAAAACUAGGAUUUUGUCGUAAUUUAUUAUUAAAAUAAUUAAAUAAAUCAACUAUAUGAGUUUAUAUGAAUCCAGGGGUAAAGUAAUUCUAAAAGUCCAAAAUACCCUAACGAAAACCGUUUGAUGUCAUUUAUAGUAUUAAGUUAAUGAAAGAUAAAAUCAUCGAUGA